AAAUAAGAAGGGCACAGAAAGAGGGAGGUGGUGUGUGUGUGAGAGAGAGAGACAGUGCGUGCCAGGUUGAGACUGUAGACGGAGUAUGUAGGUCCCUGAGAGCAUUAACAGCAGGGCAGGAAGAGGGGAGGGUGUUUUGGCUGAGAGCAAAGCACUGCAUAUGGAGAACUACAUUGCUGUGAGACUCAGAGGGCUAGAGCAGUGGUCUUCUGUUUGUACAGGGAUGUAUAGACUUCAUGUUUAUGUAGCAUCAUCAUGACUCUCCUGUCAUACAUUUCUUCUGUUCUGGAUUGUGCAAGUGGGUUAUUGGUUGUCUGUGUAGUUAUACUGUGUAUUUAUGCUUUGUCAGUUAGUGCUAAGUUGGUGUGCAACUCUGACGUUGUGUUUGAGGCUUGUAGGUAGUUGAGUAGUGUAUGUUUGUGUGUGUCAGUAUUUUGGUCAGACAGUGGACAGCUCUUUGGCUCUAUGGAUCGUCAGCUCUGAGCCUGAUGAAGCGUUAUUUCUGUCCUUGUUUCAUCUUACUGGUGAGCCAGGACUGGAGUAAGAGUGAUGAGAGACUACUGCAGGCUGUAGGGCAGAACCAACCUGACAAAGUAGCUGCUCUGAUCGUGAAGAAGGGACUCUGCCCCACCAAACUGGAUGCAGAGGGGAAGUCAGCGUUCCCCCUCUGUGCGUCUCAGGGUCAUCUGGACUGUCUGGAGGUCACCCUGGCUCACGGGCCAGACAUUAACGUGACAGAUGGCUCAGGCUUCAGUGCCAUUCACCUAGCAGCCAAGAACGGUCAGCCUGAGUGCCUGAAGAGACUAUUACAGGAGGGAUUGCCUGUAGAAACCACAGACAGCUUUGGUCAGAAAGCGUUGCAUCACACAGCUGUGAGCGGCUGCUUGGCCUGCACCGAGACUCUGUGGGACUUUAAGGCCAGUCUGGAUGCCCAGGAUGGGGAUUGGGUGAGCCUGCUGAUCCUAGGAGCCCAGAUGAGCAGAGUGGAGCUGUGUGCUUUCCUGUUGGACAGAGGGGCCAACCCCAACAUACAGGACAACCGAUGCAGGUCAGCCCUGAUGCUGGCCUGUGACAGUGGAGGUGUUGCUAAGGGGGGGCUAACCCACAGCUGGCCGACGCCUUCGGACACGACGCAGCCCACUACGGCAUAACCGCCGGCAACCAGCACAUCGCACAGCUUCUGCAGAACUGUCUUCCAGGUAACCCACGGUAACCUAUUGAUGUCUCACCUGCUGACUGAAGCAGGGUUGGGCUCAAUUCCUUUUAAAUUCUGAUUUUUGUUGAGUUGGAACUUCAAUCCAUUUCUUGACUGAACUGACUUGAAAUUAAAUUGAGCAAAACCUUGCUCUGCUACCCUUUAGGCCCAGUCUGGGGCUCUAUUCUGGGCCCUGGUAGAAUGGUGGAUAUAAUUAUAAUUGAUAGAACAGACCAAUUUCAAAUGUUCAAUUAAUUAGCAUUGGCAACUACUACAACACUUUGUAUGCUAUUUAAUGUACUGUACCAGAAUCCAUGGAUCAUAAUCCUUUCUAUCAGUGGUAAUUCUAUGGCCCUACUCUGGUCCCCCAGGAAAUGGCUGUAAUGUGAGGAAGUGGAUGAAGUAAAGGGGACAGCUGGGGGUAAUUGUAAAAGCCUGAAACCGAGAGGCUUGCUGCACUUUUAUCUUCAAACAAAGGCUUGGUGCUUUACAAAAAACAGAUGUGUGCUUCGUUUGAAAUGGAGAUGAAUGGAAGCAGAGCAGUGCCUGAAAUAUCUCUGAUGUAUCUGUGAUAUAUGAGGACUCAUGUGUCUUACAGUGCUACGUUAUACAGGAGGAUUUUUAUGGGCCGGUAUGCUUCUUAGCUAUAACUACAGUGUGUAUGUGCGUGUGUGUGUGCAUGUAUUGAAUCUCAAUGGACCAGAGGUUAAAAAGAUUUGCCAUUUGUCUCUCCCAAUGCAUACAUAGCCACUGAGGACAAUGGCGAGGAGGCAACUGACCACUCAGCUUUUCAUUUUCACUCACUACACAUUCAGUACAUGUGAAAACAUAACACAACUAUUUCUAGAUUGUAUGUAAUAGAAUUUACAACAUAAGAAGGAAUACCAACUUAUUAUCCCAUUUUCAAUCUACAACAUCUUUUGAACAACAACAGCUGAAGUAACAUCACACAUUAAAAGCUAUUUUCACAAUGUUUUGGGCUAAAGUACUGCCUGGCUUUGCUUUUGUCCUUGCUGCUAUUUCUCUCCUGUUCCCCUGUUCCUUCUGCUUGUCUGUGUCUCCAGAGGCAGCCUCCACCUCCCCCUCCUCUGCCAGGGGGGACCACCCCCUGCAAGAGGAAAGCCCCUCCUCCACCUCGCUCCCCUCCCCAGGUUCAAGGCAAACUCCAGAGAUGGAUGGCACCGUUUUUAUAAAAUACUUUAUAUAUGAUUCUUACUAACUCUAACUUAUGCUAGGCUGUGAUGAUCAUAAUCAUACUAACUUUAAUAACAAUGUUCUCCACCCCUACCUUCUCCUGCCCCCCAGAGCUCUCCUCCCCCUGCCUCUCCCUCAGCUCAGUCUCUAGAGACACGACACUCUAAUCAGGCCAACCUCGUGAGUUACUUCCCCUGCAACGAUAUACUGUAUGCAUAGCACCUAAGCAUACAGGAGAUAAAAUAGGCUUAUAUUUAUGGUAUACAACUCAACACCACUCAAUUCAAAGGAUUCAUCUUUAGAUAUCAAUUUUGAAGAGCACUAUUCAUGACUAAAGUAACAGACAAUACAUAGUGAAUCACUAUCUACUGCAUUAAAUUUGAGACUGCUAAUGAGUAUGGUGCUGCUGUUUGACUGUGAUACCACUGAUAUGCAUUUACUUGUGUGUGUCCGUGAGAUGGAGAAUGAGGUUUUUGAGGAGAUCCGAAGGCUGUGUCUGGAAAGGGGGCGUCUGCUCCAGAAGAUUAAAGGUCUGGAGCAGCAGCAGAACAGCGCACCCACUGCAUUGGAGGAGCGAAAUGCUUGUGGACCAAGGAACGCGAAGCGAGGCGGCCAUCUCUGUCGGCGCCGGAAGUAGUAGUCUCCCUGUGCUAGCUGACCCAGCUGAGAGAGUGUCUGGAACAGGCGGAGGCAGAGCGGGACAGGCUACAGACUGAGCUGGAGGAGCUGAAGGCAGGUCAGGUGAUCGGAGCCAGUGACUCAGAUGAUGACAUACUGGACUUCGUAGGUGUUGAGAAACUGCUCUCCAGGCGGUCCAGAGAGUCUCCCUCUGCUCUGGACGAGGAGGAGGCAAACUCACCAAACUCCACCUCUCCUGGUCCUGCAGACUCACACUGUGGCUGAGCUAUGCAGACAGGUGGAUGAGCUGACCUCACAGAACCAGGAGCUGGUCCUCAAAGUGCAGAGUGCUCCCUGAGACGGGUGAGGGAGGAACUGGAGGUGGCUAGGCAGGAAGCAGCUCAGGCUCCGGACUGUCUGUGGUUGGUCUCAGGACACCCUCCACCUGAGACAUGC